UUAUUCACAGUAUUUGGAACGCUUUUGAUUUUGUCACCAUGCCAUAGGAGAAAUUAGAAUUUUGGAAAGUAGCAGUUGCGGCACAUUUAACAGGAGGGUGUAUUGUUUGAAAAUGAGUUCCCUUAAAGACUCCUUGAAUGAGGAACAUUUAAAACUGGUGGAAAGUAUUAAUAAUCGUGUUGGCAGCAUAUAUAAACAGCUAUGUGAAUUCGAAGAAUGUAUUGAUCCAAAUACCUCAGAUGACUAUGGCGAUGCGCAUAGUAAAAUAAUGGAUUUACUUGAGUGUUUGGAUGAUAUUCAGGAGGCAGCACAAAUGAUAAGACCGUAUAAUUUGACAUUGCGUUCACAGCAAGAAGCUCUGAAUGAACAAAUCAAGUGUUUAGAACAGUCGGUGCAGGUAUUGCGACUGGAAACGGGAAAAAUGAACAAAUCACAAGAUGGAAUGGAGGAUUGAUAUAGCAUCAAAGUCUCAAUUAAUAAUAAACACUUCCGAUAGUAUUGCAUUUAAAAUAUGGGCAAUAAUGUGCCAUCCUAUUAACUAGAGAGUUAAGACUAUGAUAAUUUUAGAAUUCCAUUUUUUGUAUUAAAUUGUACAAUU